UUGCACGAUAAAUAAAAAGCCGCAAAUCAUGUUUGUGUAAAUGUAAUAAAAACAGUGAGUGAAGAUUCCGCAGCUGAAGCUACAGCUUCAAACCUUUCAAGCCGUUCUUUAUGAAAUAGUGCGCCAGUUACUGAACACAGCAACACGGUUUGACUGGAAUCACUGCGAGUCCAUUUAAAAAUGUCCAAAGUGGAGCGUCUCGGUGCUCGGCUGGAGAAGCUGCUGUGUAAGGCAGUGCAUGAAGUGCUGGAGGUGGUGAAAGAGACGGUGUCAGAGUAUCAGGAGAAAACAGCCAGAACACAGAGGGAGAACCAGAGUCUGAAGAGGAGGCUGCAGGAGCUGCAGAGCCACAUCAGCCUGAGGAGCAACGAAGCUGAGCAGCAAAGUUCUCUGAGAGAGAAAGAAGAAGAAGAAGAAGAAGAAGAAGAAGAAGAAGAUCUGUCCGACACUGAGCUCCAUCCUGUCGGCCUCUGUGAGGCAUCCAUCACCUCUGCAGCAGCAGCAUCAGCAGCAGCAGCAGAACAUGUUCAUGGUGAGAACAUGAACAAUACAACAACUGAUAAUGGACUGUCACAUCAUGUGGAAACGAAAAUCAAGGACAAUUGCUCUGAAGCAUCACAAUACACAAUAGCAAGUACAAUAAAAGCAGAGCCCGUGUCAGAGGAGGAGUCUGAGCACCAGGCUGCAGCUGGAACCUCCUCAGGACUGUCAGGGUUUGUGUUCAGUCAGAGCCAGAGCAGCGUGACAGAGGUUCAGUCUCACAGACUCAGCAGCGGUGCAGACAGACAACACGCGAGGACCCUGACAAACACUAGGUGGAGCCGUUUGGACUCUGCAGAUUUGUGUGGAGACUCCAGGAAACGUUACCGCUGCUCUCUGUGCACUCGCAGCUUCUGGCACGCCGGCGACUUCAAGAAACACAGCAGGGUGCACACGGGGGAGAAGCCGUACUCCUGCCGCAUCUGCGGGAAGUGCUUCAGUCAGUCCAGCUACCUGACCGUGCACCUGCGCUACCACACUGGAGAAAAGCCCUUUGGCUGCAGUCACUGCGGCAAGAGCUUCAGUCACUCCAGUAACAUGAAGAAACACCAGCAGACACAUCAGUGAGGCUGAGGAGGACGCUCACUCAUCAUCAUCUGUACAUCUGACCCUGUGAGGCAGAACCUGCACAGGUCUCCACAGCUGCUUAAAG